ACCACAUUACUCACAUAAUGUACGUCAACUAAAGAAAUGUACACCCUUUUUUAAAUGAGCACUACCUUUUUUUUUUUUUUUUUUUUGGAAGGGACGUUGGCGGAACAAGAGCAGACUUGGGAACUGGGAGCGUCACGUCUUUAGGCGAAUUAUUGUGCAACUCCUCUCCAAUUCGACGCCGUACUUUGGAGCUUCGCAAACUUUCAAGAUGGACGAUGGCGCCUGGUUUGGUUUCUCUUUCCUUUUCCAAAGUGUCCGCCGCUCAAAUGUGAAGCCUCGUCGCCUACCGGAACUGGGUUUUAUCCUACUUUCAUUGGAAUGACGGGCGAAGAAAAAGAAAGAAGUCGGGAGGAUUUGUUCGAGGCAAAUAUUUGGACGUCAUGUUUGAAAGGGGAGCUUUUUGUCGGACACACCACGACGUUUAAUACGCCUGGAAAUGGAAAGGAAAAGGAGUCGGGCUUUAGGUGUUUUAAUACCAGUAUCUGAAAAUACGGAUGAUUUCAAUAACAAGAUUUUGGCUCCAAUCCAAAGUGCGUACUUGUACGAAGAGUCCAAGAUUGAUUUCAAAUAUCACUCCGCUCUCAUCUUUAGGAAUCCAGCGUUGGAGAAAAAGUAUGCUGCCUUUCGAGCGAAGAAAAAACAAGCUGGGUACACGGAAGAGGAUCUGGAGGAGACGUAUGGCUUCAUGCUGUUGGACGACAUCGACAAGGUUAACGCACUCGGCCAAACGGGAGUGCUCACCGGGACCACAUCCUAUUCAUUUUUGGGGGAUCCCUCAAAAGGUGUUUACAUAUCAAUGUACUCUGACUGCUUGGAACUGCAACCCUGGAGAAAUACCGAGUCGGGCUACAUCGCCAUCAUCAGGCUGACAACGGGGAGAGUUAGAAGAAUUCCCGAGAGCCACGGCCAAGGUGUACCGGCACCCACCUCGGGAUAUGAUUGCCACGUGUCUCAAAACUUGUCCUUGGUGUCGCCCAAAACCAGCUUGCUCCUGGCAUUCAAGAGAACCCAAUGUUACAUUUAUGAGCUGCUCGAUGAUGGAAGCGAUGGAACGACAAAGUCUCCCAGCUUCACUUGCCCUUUCGGUGUUGUGGCAUUUAAAUACAGCAUCAAAGGAAAAGGAAGGAGAAAACGUUGGACUCCGUUGGCAAUAAAAAUGGACACACAACCUCGUGAUCUCAUGGCUUCUAAGAUUCUCCGAGUUCUGCCGGUCUUGGGCUACGCAGGAGGUGAUGUCGAGAAAACAAACACUGACCCGAACAAAGGAGUGUACAAUGUCGUGACACACCCCGUACGGACUUACACAGUGCUGCUAAAUCCGGUGCUGCAACCAUGUCCUCCUGCGGGACCCGGGGUUCAUUACAUCGCUCUAUCAUCUCCUGAGCCAGUACAAGCCAGUCCUGUACAAAUGGGAUCAGAAAAAACGCUAAACUGUGAAAUGGAGUGUGGUAAGAAUGAAGUUGGUGUUAAAGCUCCGCAAACUCUUCCCCGGAAUGAACCGCGGGCGCCGAACGAAGCGGAUGAUCCUGAACUAAAAAACCUCCCGACUCCUUCGACAUCCGAUGACGUUCCUUCCGAGCUGAUCGUGAGCUUCACAUCCGAGCAAUCUGUGCCUAAGAAGAGAUCAAUCAGUCCCGUGUCAACAAGGAAGCCUUUGUCCGACGAACCCAAGAGGACUUUGGAAUGUCCAAAGAUAGCUAAUGUCACAAUGGAGCAACAAAACUAUUCCACUAAAGGUCACAAAAAGACAACUAAGGCAUUUAUUGAGACGCCUGCAUUAGAAAAAGUUCAGAGGCCAUCAGAAGACGAUACCCUUAAUAGUCAGACUGACCAAAAAACGGAAUCAUCCAACCAAUUGCACCAAAAUGCAACAUCAAAUAAAGAUCGUAGGACCUUCCCAGGACAUACUUUCGGCAUAUGUUCAUCAAGAAAUAAAAAAGUCAGACCUGUUGCUGUCGAACGAGGGACAUCUGACGCGGAAAGACAGACAAUGGGGAGCACCGUAACCGGCCGGGAAACUCCAAAAUGUGAGCGUUGGAACUUAAAGCCAGUCAUCAGUGAGUGUGGAAGAACUUUAGUCCCUCAUGGCUCAAGGAGAAAGGCUGCUCAUAUGAGGAAGUCUUUACCGGAACAAGAUUUGUUCCGUAGUCGUCCUAACAAGGCAUCUGAUGCAGUUGGAGAGACAGAGCAGCAGUCCAUCAUUCCCCCAGGAUCGGGAACAGGUGAGACUGAGGUGGUGGAAUCCAAGACCGUAGCCAAUUAUCCUGAAAACGUUAGUCCGGAGCAAAGCACUGUGCACGAUUCAGGCUACGGGGAAGAUGCUUUUCCAGCAGAAGACAUUCAGGAAAGCAGUACUACAACUUCUUCUGAUCGGCGUGUCGAAGAAGAUGAACCAAAAUGCAUCCUGUCAAACAGAGCUCGCACAAAACACCACCUCAGUUUAAAUGUCACUACUGAAGAUCAAACUACUGAGACAGAGCUUCCUUUGAAGAAAAGCAAAAGUCACACCGAGGUAAACCCAAAAGUAGCUGACGAAGCGCCGUCUGCGACGAAGGACACCGACGUUCGGGAUACUCAAGACUCGACACAAGCGGCGACUAUCAAGCGUAGGCCUUCAUCGAUUUUCCCAAUGUGGAAGCAGUUCAAAAAGCUCAAAAAGCAGCAAGCCAUCUCUAAACUACACAUUAAAAAGAAAUGGCGGUUGCAUUUUCAAACCUCAUUGGAUGAAAGUGGCAAACAGAGCGCUUGGGAUGACACUAUCUGGAAGAAGAACAACAUCUCUAACACAUCUACGGAUGCUUUGAACUUACUUGCUGAUCUGGCACUGGGGGCCACCAAUGAGCAAGUUCUUUCACAACCAGGCCAAGAACUAAUGAGUAAAGGUGUUGCUAGUACUGAUAAAGUGUCACUUCUUCAUGCUCUUCUCGGGAAGCCUGUCUUUAAUCCCACUCAGCCCCUUGAGUCACAAAGCGUUCUUGCGGGAGACCUGGACUUGGUCAGUUUGCUGCGUGAAGAACAUGCCUACUCUAUAUCUCAGUUUGUGCCCUUGGCUUUACCAGGCAAAGAAUUCCAGGUGUGUCCUUUGAGUGGUUCCACUGGACUGCUGCACCACCACCAGACAAUGUGUAGUGGUCAAACACUACAGUUCUCUGAUGAUCAAAGUGAAAACAGUCAAGUGUCUUCAAAACAUGCAAGGAAACGCAUGACAAGGUUCCAACGUUAUCGCCGUUUUGUCGAGGAAGGUGGGUUUAUCAAAGUGACACGGCAGUGGCAAGAGACGUAUGACUUCGGUGGAGACAGCAGGUUUUCAGUUGGGUUGAAGAACAGAAGCAUCAUACGAGCCUUACAUGGCCCGUGGGAUAUCUCUAUUCAAGACACCAACAAAGACAUACAGCUUGUUGUCCACAUGUGGAUUGGUCUCUUUUAUAGCCGCUCCACGGCGAGGUUCUUCGAUGUUGACUUGGAUCUUGAAAACUUGGAAGAAAUGGAUUGUUUGGAGACAACGCCAGCCCAGUCAGACUUCAAGGAGAAUACCUUUGAAUUACCACCAGGUGUGGUAGACACUGCAGAAUCUUCCAUUUCUAACUCUUUGGUCCUCAGCCAGAAGGGAACCGAUUUGGAUCAAGAAUCUGAAAUUCUGGACUUGUCACUGAAGAACCCCAAUGUAGAGAGUCUUACUUCUGGACCAACAUUUGUGGAAUGCCAAACAACGAUUCUCCCUGCAGAAACUUCAAAUAAGUGCAAUGAUGUCAGCACCGAGUGCUGUAGGACAAAUUUUCAAGAAGAUAGCUACCUCAAAGACGAGGGUGAACCUUCUCUACAUGAGGAUGUAACUGACAAUCACCUACAAGGACAGCUGGAAAAUAAUGAAAAUCACGAUGUUACCAGAAUGGAUCAUGGGUUGCAUGAAUCCGACAGUGACGGGAUGGAUUUGGAAGUUGAAUCCGAAAAUUUAGGAGCCAGAGUAUUGAGUAUGGCGUUGAACCAUGGAGAAGAUUCACUUGGGGCAAAAAACGAGGUCUACAAAGAUAUGGUUAAUCCAGUGCCCCAAAUAGAGGAUGACAAAGAAUCGGAUACAUUCUGCGAAGAAAGUAUUUUGGCGGCUGAAAUACUUUUGCCAAGGGAUGAUCCUGAAGAUGUGCAGGUUGACAACCUCAAUGACGAAACGGAUUAUUUUGUCAAGAACGAUAUCUUAAUCUCAACAAGGUUCAGUGUUCAACAGGGCAUUGACACAGUUCUCCCAACGUCAAACACAGAUGACCGACUCAGUGAGAUGAAGACAACGGACGUAGAACAUGCUCUUGAUCAACCUUCAGAAACGAACAAGUACACAUCUACCUUUCCGGCCGUAAGUGAUUGCACAAAAAACAAGAAUGCACAGCCAGUCCAGGCAGCGUCUACCUCACAAAGUCCGCAAUCCUCUGAAUCGUCUGAGGAUCCAGUGGCACUUCCGUUAAACAAUAAAUCAAUGGUGAAUCACUUAAUCACAGAAGACACGUCCGAUAUAAAUGUCCUGGACGCGAUAGAGGUGGACGAAACAUCUCAGAGAACCAGCAGAAAUGUGAUUGCAGAAAGUGCAAUAUUGAGCACGGACGUAACGCUUCAGUGCUGUCCGAGUGACUUCCAAAUGGACGAGAGAAAUGAUCCAGGCGAUCCGUUCCAGUUCCUGGAUCCACUGAGGCAAGACGACGGGGAGAGCGUUCCGAACACCUUGAAAGCCAGUCAAACAAAAUACAGAUUCUACAUACUAGAAAAAUCGGAGGAUUCCUUUUAUGCAGAAACAAAGUCCCAGCUGGAGUCAGAAGGUCAUAUAGCGGUGCAACCGUCCCGGUUCUUUGUCGCCGGUGAGGACAGGUCGCCUCUGCUCAUCGUCGUCAGGAAUGAGGACAUAGCAGCAAGCAUUUGCCAGGUUCCGCACCUCUUAGAGCUGAAGAAGUCGCUGGGUGUGCAGUUUGUCGGCAUCGACGAGCCGAGCGACGUGAUGAACCGUACCUAUCAGGAGCUUUUUGUCAACGGAGGCUUUGUGAUGUUUGACGGGGGAACUCUGGAAUCCCUCAGCCUCAACAACAUGAGAAGGUUCAUGGAGAUCUUGCAAGACCUUAACAAAACGGGGAAAUGGAAGUGGUUUUUGCACUACAGAGACAGCCGGCGAAUCAAAGAGAACGCGAGGUUCAGUACGGAUUCUGAGGAGAAGAAGCAUUUCUUAGGAUGGGCAGAAGAUGCAGGGCUAGCGACGGUCUUGCCUUACCACGAUUGCGACAUCAAAUCGAGACCUCACCCGGACUAUCUAGCAUGUCUUGUGCACUUGCAAGCCCAGAAUAUAUCGUCCCGGUUUCCUGUCUUCAUAACCGACGCAGGAGACGGUGACUUCGAAGCAAGCGGGAUUUUGACGACAACGAUCGGGUCUUUUCUGAUGAGUUUCCGUUGAUACACUUACAGCCGUAGUCUUUUGUGCCACACAACUACACUAAUCCACCUCCGUUAAUACUGUUUAAAGUUUCAAGAGUUUUUUCCUUUCAUGGACGAAGGGGGGGAAAAAAAUGUCGCUGUCAUGUUUGUUCUUUCCGUUCCCGCGGUUCAUUUUUUUUUGGAACCAAAGCAAUAACUCGUCAGUCAUACAAAAGUGAAGCUGCGUUUGAGGAAUUUAUAUAUAUAUAUAGAUUUAUUUUAAGUGAUUUGUUUCAAAAGUGUCAUGUUUUUAUUACUUUUCGUUUGGUUGGUCAUUUAUUUAAAAUCAUAAGUAUAUACAUAAAAGAUUAUGUUUCCAUGAAAUGACAAAAUGUGCCUUCGGUGUAAUAAAGUUCUCCAUGCAAAGUAAA